AUGCAUCACCACCGUCGAAAGUCGGGCAACACGUCCAUGACCGACGUCCGCAAAGCAACAGUCGGUGCAUCAGACCCCAACUACAGGAAGCACUCAUCCAGACCUACCACCAUGACGAGAAGAAUCACACCGCAAAGCGCCCCAAAGCUGGGCAGGAGUCGCGAGGACAGAGAGAGGGAACUGGACGAUGAGCGCUGGUGGGAUGAGGAGCGGGAGAGCUUCCCGCAGUACUGCAUGGUGUGCGAGAAGCAAUUCAUUCCAGCCGACGACCAGAACCUCUACUGCUCAGAAACAUGCCGGUACGAUGACCAGGUUAGCGCCUCGACGGCGCCGAGCCGUGGAAGUCACCCACCCACUCAGUACCCUUUCUACUCAGGAGCUCCAGAGCCCAGAGAUAUCGUACCCCGCGCCUCGCCUUCAAGGCCUAGCUCUACGCACUUUUCCCCGCCCUCAACGGCCGUAAAUGCGCUCAAGUCGUCACUAUACAUCCGCCCACCGAGUCCCACGUCACCCAUGAUGGGUACCUCCCACAGCGGUGUCUGGUCGUUUGGCAGGGGCACUGCUACAAGCCCAGACAACUCGUACACGAAACCCAACUCGAGUUACUUUUCGACCACUUACGACGGGGCGUACUACGACCACUACGGCUCCUCGGUUGACAGACCUCUUCCGUCACGCAGGCCUGGUGUUUACUCCAGACCAAAGAGCAUCGAACUCGUCACACCCAUGCUCGCCUCCGGGAGGUAG